AUGAGUGCCUUGUUGAUCUUUUUUAUUUUUCUCCUUCCAGCUUUUAUUCUUCUUACUAGGAGAAGAUCAUCCAAAAGGCUCCCUCCAGGUCCACUUGGAAUACCCAUUAUAGGCCAAAGCCUUGGCCUUCUUGGAGCCAUGAAAACAAACACUGCAGAAAAAUGGCUUGAAGAAAGGAUAAGAAAGUAUGGUCCCAUAUCAAAGUUAAGCCUCUUUGGCAAACCAACAGUGUUCAUUUGUGGUCAGGCUGCAAACAAGUUCGUCUUCACCAGCGACAACAGCACAAUAUCUAAUCAACAAACUAAGUCUACACGCAUGAUUUUAGGUGACCGGUGUUUGCUAGAACUAAGUGGCGAAGAUCACAAACGAGUUAGAGAUGCCCUUGUCUCGUUCUUGAAACCAGAAUCUUUGAAGAUGUAUGUUGGCAAGAUCGACGAAGAAGUCAAGAAGCACCUUGAGUUGCACUGGCAUGGGAAAGAACAAGUCACGGUGUUGCCCCUGAUGAAGACACUAACAUUCGACAUAAUAGGUUCUCUUUUAUUUGGAGUUGAGCGUGGAGCUCGCAGAGAUCAGUUUGUUAGUAACUUUAAAGAAAUGACCGAAGGAGUAUGGGCAGUCCCAGUUAAUUUGCCUUUCACACGCUACAACCGCAGCCUGAGAGCAAGUCGAAGGAUCCAAAACAUGGUGAAAGAUCUUAUGCGUGAGAAGGCGAUGAAACUCGAGCAAAAGAUUGCUUCUCCUCAUGAUGAUCUUAUCACUUGCUUGCUCAGCAUCCGCGAUCAGGACAAUGUACAAGUAGUUACUGACAAGGAAAUUGUCGACAAUGUCAUGCUUGUCAUGGUUGCCGGACAUGACACUUCAUCUGUUUUAAUCACAUUCAUUAUGCGACUUUUACUUAAUGAUCCUGCAGUUUUUGAAGCUGUACUUGAAGAACAAGAAGAGGUAGCGAAUAGCAAGUCUGCGGGAGAGUUACUAACAUGGGAAGAUCUUGCCAAGAUGAAGUACACAUGGAGAGUAGCAAUGGAAACUCUAAGGACAGUUCCUCCGAUCUUUGGUGGCUUCAGGAAGGCUUUGAGAGAUAUCGAAUAUGGCGGUUACCUUAUCCCUAAAGGGUGGCAAAUAUUCUGGGCAACAAACAUGACUCAUAUGGAUGAUAGCAUAUUCCCAGAACCAUCAAAGUUUGACCCUAACAGAUUCGAGAACCAAGCCUCGAUUCCUCCCUACUGCUUCAUUCCAUUUGGAGGGGGACCUCGCAUAUGUCCAGGGUAUGAGUUUGUGAGGAUCGAAACACUUGUUGUAAUUCAUUAUCUGAUCACUCAAUUCACAUGGAAGUUAUCAUGCUCAGACACUUCUUUCAUUAGAGAUCUGAUGCCUGUCCCAACGAAAGGACUGCCUAUCCAGAUUGUGCCAAAGAAGCUAUUUUAAUAAUCUAGUCUAGAUAUUAUGUACUUUUUAGUAUGUCAGAGUGGAUCUUUAAGGACUUCAGCAGUGUUGCUGCUUAUCGUUACAUCAGAAUCCAGACUUAUUUAUUUGAUCCAGCUUGAUUGUAAAAUAUCAGAGUUGUUUAGAACACUACACUGCAAAU